AUGAAUCCAAAUCAAUUAUAUGUAGAAUUAUCAUUCAGUUGCAAGCAUCUUGCAAACAAGGACAUCAUGUCAAAGUCUGAUCCACAAGUAUUGGUAUAUCAAUCAAUUGGAGCACCUGACAACUUCCAAUUGAUUGGAGCCUCUGAAAAGAUCAAGAACAACCUAAACCCAACCUUUAAGACUACUGUCAAGGUUGACUAUCACUUUGAAGCUUUACAACCAUUGCAAUUUGUAGUUGUCGAUGUCGAUGGUCCAUCCAAGACCUCUUACAAGGAUCUCUCCAAACACGAUAUCAUCGGUACCACUAUCGUCCCACUCAGUGAAAUCGUAUCAGCACCAGGCCGUAGAGUAGAGAGAAACCUCAACACUCCAGCCGGCAGCUUCAGUGGUAUGAUUGACAUCAAAGCUGAGUUCUUCCAAAGAUCAGGUCAAAAGAUUCAAUUCCAACUUGGCUGUAAACAUUUGGACAAGAAAGAUUUAUUUGGAAAGAGUGAUCCAUACUUUAAGAUUUUUAGAAAGAAUGAAGAUAAUGUAUCAUGGACUGAAAUCUAUCAAUCCAAGGUGAUCAUGAAUACCUUGGAUCCAGUCUACGAAGCCAACAAGUUUUCAAUGGAUGUAUUCUGUGGAGGUAAUCCAGACCGUCCCAUCAAAUUUGAAUUCUUUGAUUGGGAUAAGCAUAGUGCUCAUGAUUUAAUUGGUAUCUUUGAGACAACAUUAAGACAAUUAAAUGAAGGUAAUCAUGCAACUAUGGAAAUACCAAUUAUUAAUGCAAAGAAGAUUAGUAAGUCUGGAUACAAGAAUAGUGGAGUUUGUUACUUUAAGAGUUUUAGUAUCAAGACUGGAUACCCAUACACUAUUUUAGAUUUCAUUGCCGGUGGUAUCGAGAUUGGAUUGAUGGUUGCUAUCGAUUGCACAGCCUCUAACGGAUCAUUACACGAUAUUGGCAAGAACUUGAAUGAAUACGAACAAUCCAUUUUGGGUAUUGGACGUGUCUUGGAGCCAUAUGACACUGAUCGUAUGAUUCCAGUCUAUGGGUAUGGUGGUAGUGUCAACGGUGUCACCUCUCAUUGUUUCCCAUUCGAUGUAAUCGGUGGCAAGGAAGAAGCUGCAGGUAUCGACGACGUCCAAAGAGUGUACCGUGAAAACAUGUCAAAGAUUAGUUUGUCUGCACCCACUCUGAUGGAACAAGUUCUUAAAAAGGCUGUUGCUGCUGCCGAGGCUGGUAAAGUCUCACCUAUUCCAAAAUACACCAUUCUCUUGAUUAUCACUGAUGGUGAUAUUUGUGAUAUGACUGAAACUAAAGCUCAAGUUGUUAAAGGUUCCCAUUUACCAUUAUCAAUUGUUAUUGUCGGUGUUGGUAGUGCUUCAUUCUAUUCAAUGAACGAGCUUGAUGGUGACACUAAUCCAUUAAAGGGAGCGGUCAGAGAUAUUGUCCAAUUUGUGCCAUUUGCUGAAGUCAGCAAGAGUGGAAACAUUGCCAAGGAAACACUAAAGGAGAUUCCAAAGCAAUUCACACGUUACUUUAAGAAAAAUAACAUUGCUCCACCUCCACCAAGAGCUUACAUCGCUCCACCUGCUCAACCCAUUAUCCCUCCACAAUAA